CCCGGAUACACGCCUGCUGCUGCUGCUGCUGCUGCUGCUGCUGAUCCACACGGGUGAACACACCGAUGACGAUGACCGACCUGGAGACCUCGAUGGCCACCAUCAUCGCCGUGUUUCAGAAGUACUCGGAGAGGGAAGGAGACAAGCACAAGCUGAAGAAGAACGAGCUGAAGGACCUGCUACACGACGAGCUCCCGGAUCUGAUGGCGCACGUCAAGGACCAGGCGGCGCUGGACAACCUGAUGGAGAGCCUGGACGCCGACGGAGACGCCGAGUGUGACUUCCAGGAGUUCAUGACAUUCAUCGCCGCGGUUACCGUCUGUUGCCACGACUUCUUCGAGCACGAGGACGAGUAAGGGGGCGAUGGCGGCGGCGACGGCGGCGGCGGAGACAAAAGGGGAGCUGCAGUAAAUUAUGAGGGAGCCUAGCAACGCACAAACUGUCGACGCCUUCGGAGCAGCGCCGGGUGGAGGGAACACGAGGCUGGUGGCUCGCCAGAACCCCAGUCGAGUCGUCGCCUCGUGUGAAACCAACCUCGUCUUCUGUCUCUAAACCCCUAAACGGCUUGUAAAAUCUUCAAAAAAGUGGCACUAAAGCUUGUGAGAAAAGUAGCCGAGCAGGAAGUAGCUGAAAUAUUGGUUAGGACGACUUUCAGAGGCCGUAGUCGGCUCUGAACUGGGCUCUCUGAAGAAUCCGACAAGUGUCUGCUAGCUUGUGGCUACCAACUUUGGCAGCCAGGAUUAGCCACAAAGCAGUCAGUAGUGAAGGAUUCUUCUCUUCAGAGCCCUUAAGUUUUCAUUCCUGUGCUACUAAAACCUUCACUUUAAAUCAAGCUGGAUGGAAGUUUGGUAAAGUGUCGACAAGGUUUGGGGAGCGGCUGCUACUUUUGGCGGCAAGUGGCCCGGCGGAAGUAGUUUGUAAGUUUGUCUACACGUAAUCUGAAGACAGUUUUCCGGCUCGUAGAUUACACAAAUCCAUAAAUAGAUCCGUAGGUUUUGAAUGUUAGCCACUAAAUGGAGGAAGUGGCUAACAAGCUAAUCAAGUAGCCACUCUGAAAACAACUACUCAAAGCGAUCUGUGUUUGAAAAACCUUGUUGACUAUCAAAUAUUGAGAGUAAAUUAGGUAUUAACGAUAUUUAACUGGCUAGUAAAAGCUAGCUUAGCUGCUAUUGACGAGCUGCUUAAAAGCUGGAUUUCAAACUAAAAGCAUUUAAACGGCUGGUAACAUUGGACUUUUUUCUGUUAUUCUGACACCAAUCAUCCAUUUGAUGUUUUGCACUUCAAAUCUUAGGUGGCCACUGAACUGAGAAAGUGGCUAACGCGUUAAUCGAGUAUCGUAGCCACAAGAAUCAACCUGAAGAUGUUUGAAAAGUGUAGCUGACUAUCAAAUAUUGAACGCGGCUCGUAGGUUUGACUGCACUUAAUUUAGCUUGAGAAGUUCUGUGAGGCUAACAGAUUUGAUAAUGAGCUAUUGUGACGGCCACCAAACUGAGAAAGUGGCUAACGAGUUAAUCAACUCCAAAAGGCACUUGUGUCUGUAAAACAUGUUGUUCACGUCAUAAAAUUGGCCAGUAAGUUAGACAUGGCGUUAAAAUUAUGAAUCGGCUAGUAAAAGUUUUAAAAUGGCUUGUAAGUGUUAGCGACUGAAGCUGCUACUUCGUUAGCAAACCGCAAAAGUAUUCGUUAAGUUUGUCCUUGUUUUAAAAUGUUUUUCUUUCUUUUCUCGUUACAAAAAAUACAUCUGGUCGAUUUUGGAAAAAAAAGAUUUUGCACUUGAAAUGUGAGGAGGUGAAACUGAAGACGUGGCUAACAAGUUAGCAGCCCCAACAAUCAAGCGACUAUCUAAAGGAGGCUGAAAGUCUAGACGACUAGUAGGUUAGCUGUCAUAGUAAAACUGGUUAGCUUGUUUUGAGUUUUAGCUAAUUUUACUCUAUAAAAUGUAAACAUUUUGCAUAAUUUAGUGUUAUGUUGUUAAAUAAAAAUCCGGCUUAUUAAACCUGUAUGAUGCUAGUAAGUUUGUCUGUUUUACGUGUUCAUUUAUCUGGUGUUGAUAUGUUGUUUUUUAGCUUUUUUUUGGAUAUAGGAGUCCUUUGGGAUUUUUUUUAGGUAGCUAACAAACAAGUAAUCAGAUUUCGUCACUAAAAUAAUCAUAAAACGUUGGGAUUUAGUCGUCGCUGCUGCCUGUCGCCGGGUUUAGUUUGUCUUUAGCGCAAACUGUCAAACAAUCUAGAAACGACGUGAGUAGAUGUGAAAACGGUGUGGAGCAGGAGAUCUGGUCUGACGUGUACCGUGAAAUGUGGACUGCUGGUUUGUUUGGACGUCGAUGAUGUGAAAUGAAUUAAAUUAUCAGUUUGAGACUCCGA